AGUGUGUGAGGGUGUAGGGAGUGGCAGCGACAGAGAGCUCGCAUGCCGGCGGAUACGCGAGUGUGUCUCAUUCAGAGGAAAACGCGACGCUGCUCUCGGGCGGUUUCCGUUAGGACUUUAUAACGGCUGGACUUGACGAGUCCUACAGAUAAAAUGGAGAAAGAGCGACCCGCGUUCUGAACAUUUAGUGCCUCCUGGAAUCCCCACCCACCUUUCAAGCGGACACCAUGAACAUGCUGAAGUCGAGCGGCCUUAAGAUCCCUGGCAGGGGUCCGAAACACUCGAGCCCGGUGGGACGAACCACCACGGGGUCACCGUCCUCCCCUGCAACUCAGAAAGACAAUGUUCCUCACAAACAGCCCGCGCCUGCCCCGAGCAGCAGUGCAUCAGACAAGUCGAGCUCAAAAGCUUCUGAGGUGGGCGACGAAGUGCCGAGUGACUUUGCGCUGGGUGAGCGCGUAUGGGUGAAUGGUGUGAAGCCGGGUCGUGUGGCUUAUCUUGGUGAGACCCAGUUUGCCCCAGGUCAGUGGGCAGGAGUCGUUCUUGAUGAACCAGUGGGCAAGAACGACGGCUCAGUGGGCGGCGUGCGCUACUUCGAGUGCUUGCCUCUCCAGGGUAUCUUCACACGGCCCUCCAAGCUCACGCGCCAGCCCGCAGCGGAAGCUGGCGACGGCCACCCUGCAGACCCUCUUACUGGACCGAACUGCCAGACCGGCACCGGUUCCCAGCGGGUGGUCGUACCACUGCGAGAGGGAAUACUGAACAGCGCUGCAAAGACCGGAAAUGAGUCCGGUUCCAACAUGUCCGACAGUGGCUCGGUGAAGAAAGGUGGAGAAAAGGAUCUGCGAGUGGGAGACCGCGUGCUGGUGGGCGGCACGAAGACUGGCGUGGUGCGCUACGUCGGCGAGACAGACUUUGCCAAAGGCGAGUGGUGCGGCGUUGAGCUGGAUGAGCCUCUAGGGAAGAACGACGGAGCUGUGGCUGGGACAAGGUACUUCCAGUGCCCACCCAAAUUCGGCCUGUUUGCCCCCAUCCACAAGGUGAUCCGCAUCGGCUUCCCAUCCACAAGUCCGGCUAAGGCCAAGAAGAGCAAACGCGUGGCCAUGGGAGUGUCGUCACUGGCUCACAGCCCCAGCAGCUCGUCCAUCAGCUCUGUCAGCUCCGUGGCCUCCAGCGUUGGCGGCAGGCCUAGCCGCACUGGCCUGUUGACAGAGACGUCGUCCCGUUAUGCGCGCAAGAUCUCCGGCACCACCGCGCUGCAGGAAGCGCUGAAAGAAAAGCAACAGCACAUCGAACAGCUCCUGGCCGAGCGCGACCUGGAGCGGGCCGAAGUGGCCAAGGCCACCAGCCACAUCUGUGAGGUGGAGAAGGAACUGAACACUCUCAAAGGCCAGCACAUGCAGUAUGCAGCAGAGGCGGAGAGCAACCUGCAGCAAGUACGCACCCUGUUGGCCAAUGCGCAGAGAGACAAAAUGGAACUGGCCAAUCAGCUUGAAGAAGAGAAAAGGAAAGUCGAGGAUCUUCAGUUCAGGGUGGAGGAGGAAUCCAUCACUAAAGGGGAUCUAGAGACUCAGACCAAACUGGAGCAUGCCCGUAUUCGGCAGCUCGAGCGGAAUCUGCGUUUGGAAAAGUCCAAAGCAGAGAAGCUUCAGAAAGAGUUAGAGGAAAAGAUGCAAACCACGGUUGAGGAGAAGAGCCGGGUAAUGCAGCUAGAGGAGGAAUUAACCCUGCGCAAAGCUGAGGUGGAUGAACUCCAGGCACGCCUGCAGAGAGCCUCGUCUUCCGGAGUGGAAGGUGGAGAUGUGAUUUCCAGCUCUGAGGCUCUCGUUCUGCGUGAACGCUUUGAAUCUGCACGCCGUGAGGAAAGCAGCCAAUUACGAGAAAAUUAUGAGGCCAUGCUGGCCGCCAGCCGCCAAGAAACUGAACGCGUCAAGGCCAUCACAGAGCGGCAGGCCUCUGAGAUCACAAAACUCCGCCAACGGCUUCAGCAGGCCACACGUGAAAACAUGGAGAUGAUGGAUAGCUGGAAGGCCAAGCUGGACACUCUGGUUGGGGACCACCAACGUGCCCUAGAGGAGCUCAAAUCCUCACUGAUCAACGAUUCCAAAGCUUCUGAGACCAGUGGAGGAGACGGAGAUGGUCCCACACCUGAAGUGAGAGCUACUGUAGAGAGCAUGAGGAUGGAGCAACAGCUGGAGGUGGAGAACCUCAAGGCCAAGCAUGAGAUUGAAGUGGCUGUGCUGGCCAAGGAACGUGAGGAGCUUCGGGUCAAGGUUCAAGAAUUGCAAGAUAAGCUAGAGGAGAGCGAGGAGAACACCAGGAACAACCAGGAGCUCAACGAGUCCGUGGAGAAGCUCCAGGAGGCCGAGCUGAAGGUCACCGGAUUAAGAGAGAGGCUAGAGUUGGCAGAGAAGAAGAUGGCCGACUAUGAGGCUCUGCAGAACGCUGAAGCACAAAGCCGAGCUGAGAUCCGUGAUCUGCAAGAGAAGCUGAGGGUUAGCGAGAAUCGACUACAGGCUGUCGAUUCUGAUCAUAUCAGCCAAGAUGUCAAUAUGAUAGAAAAUAAUGACAGCUCUGAAGAGAAGAUUAAGUUAAAGCAGAAUAUGGAAGAAACUUUGGAGAAACUGGCAAAAAGGGAAAAAGAAGUUUCCACUCUUACUACACAAGUAGAUGACCUCAAAACACAGAUAACGGCCAUGGAGACUAAAAUCCGUGUGGGGGAGAAAAAGGUGGACGGCCUCCUCAGAGACAAAAUGCGUAUGGAGGCAGAGCUAGAGGCCAUCACCAAGAAAUCCCAUGAUGCAUCAGGCCAGCUGGUAAUCAUUAGCCAGGAGCUUCUAAAGAAAGAGAGGAGUCUGAACGAGCUACGCGUCUUGCUGCUGGAUUCGCCGCGCCACUCAGCCGGAAUGGACCGCGACCUGAGCCGCGAGCUGCACAAGGCCGAGUGGAGGGUAAAGGAACAGAAGCUGCAGGAUGACAUCAAGACUCUGAGGGAGAAACUGCUGCUUCUGGGGCGCGAGAGGUCGUCACCUGAGCAUCGUCGCUUCUCUAUGAUGGAGGCGACAGGGAACGACGCCGAGGUGGCGCGCCUACGCCAGCGACUCUUGAGCACCGAGGAGGCCUUGAGGAACGCGCUGGAACACAACCAGGAGGUGGACCAGCUGGUGCAGGCCAUGCGCACGCGACCCGAUAAGAGCCAGGCAUACAGCAGCACGAAUUCUGCAAACGGGAUCCAUCAAGAAGACGCUGCCUUUACGGAAGAGGGACAACACUGAUGAUCGGAGUCGUUGAAGCAAUGCUCAACCAGUUAGGGAAAAAUCCUGGAGGUACGCUGAAAAAAAAAAAAGAAGAAAAAAAAGAGAGACGUCAACUUCGGAUCAACGUCUCAUUGGACUGCUUUGCAUUUGUUUUUACAGCUCGCAACAAGCCGACGAACAAAACCGCAACCACUUAGCAAAUGUGUAUGUAAAACAGUGUGAGAUGUUAUUUAAAAAAAACAAAACAAAACUAAAAAGCGAACAAACAGAGCGUUAUCUUUAAAGCGGUACGUUGCGGUAACGGUUUUAGACUCGGACCGCUAAUCCACCUUGUACACUACCUCCAGUACGGACAAUUACUCCGAGAGAAGCGAAGAAAACGCAGCUGCCUUCAUGCUCGAGACAUCCAUGGAGUGAAGUGCUGUAGUCUGAUCGGCCAGGAUGCAGUUUAGUAAAGCUUUUUGGCCUCGGUUUUUACGUUAAUUUAUUUGCUUUUUAUGCUAUUGGAGUUAGAUGGAGCAGUUCUUCUCGAUUUUUGCCUUGAAAGACUCGCUACUCUCCCAUAGCCUCUGUAGUUGAAUGUCUGAGUCAAGGAGACAGUCAAGAUGUUUCCAUUCGGGCUUGUUCUUGUUCUUGUUCUCGUUUUCUUUUUUCCCCUCUCAUGUACUGUACGAAUGCCACAGUGUUCAGCCACCAACCAGUAUCCAUCCUCUAUAAUCCAGUAAAAUAGUGCACCAUGUUAGGGAUUCCAGCGUUUCCGAUUAAUGGGACUUCACCACUGUAUUCCUGUAAAAGACUUGAGAAAUCAGACGCUCAGACAUAUUAUUCAGCCUAGUACUGUGUUUAUGCUGUAUAUUUAUGUGUCAUGAUACAGUUUCCACCGUAAUCGCCGACCUGCUAAGUCGAAGCAAAUUUCUGCCUUUAUGAACGUACGUCAUCUAAUUCAGCGACAGUAAUGAUGAUGCACGAUUCCACAAUUUUCUACACGCGAGCACAUUACAAUUUGAAUGCUAACAGGUCUGUUUAAGUAAUGAUAUCCACCCUGUUACAACAAUUAGCCCAAAAACGGUUUCAGUCUUUCUCCGAUUGAAUAUUUCGGAAAAAUGAUUAAGGGAUUUCAUAUCGGAAAGAACGGAUAAAAACGAUAGGGCUGGCCCCAUGUUUUGCAAAAAAAAAAAAAAAAAAAGGAGAAAUUUCAAGUUGUUGGACUGGAAUGUUCUUUUAUGCUGUCACAAUAAAGCGAUUUACUCCCUUGGCUCUAGCUGUAAACUGUCCCCGGGAUUCAAUCAUUAAACAGAAAUA